CCCAUGGCCACCAGACAGCUCCUUGACGGUGGCCAACAUGAACUCUCUGACUGUGAUUUCGGUGGCGGCUCUCGUGGCUAGCGGCAGCGCCUCCUUGCUUGCGUACAACGGCGUAUAUGGAGGCCAUCACGGCCUUCUUGGCGCCUAUCCUUACGCAGGGUAUUCUGGUGUGGUGCCCUACGCAUACGCAGGUGGCCUUCCCGCAGCUGCUCCUCUCUCCCUCAAAACACCUGUAAUCAAGACCUUGGCUCCUACACCUAUCUCUUACAACGUAGCUCCUGCACCUGUCUCCUACAACGUAGCUCCUUCACCUGUGUCCUAUAACUUGGCUCCUGCACCUGCUUCCUACAACGUAGCUCCUGUCGCACCUGUAGCACCUGUCCAGUCUCAGUAUCACGCUCAGGAUGAGAUCGGUCAGUACUCCUUCGGUUACGCCGGCGGUGCAUCUUCACGCGCUGAGUCUCGCGAUGCCUUCGGUGUUGUCCGUGGUUCGUACAACUACGUGGACUCUGAGGGCAAGGUUCAGACUCAGCACUACGUGGCUGACGCCCUUGGCUUCCGUGCGUCCGGCACCAACCUUCCCAUGGUUCCCGACGCCCCUCUGGCCGCCCUCCCGGCCCCGUCCCCGAACCCGUCCAGGACACUGCUGAGGCCUACAACGAAGCCGCCGCCGCCGCCGCUGCCGCCCCAGACACCGCUAAAGAGUGUUUUAGAAACUGCAUCAUAUCUGUGCGUAGAGCUCUCGCCAGCAGAUAACAGCAUCAAGACUCUAGUCAGUUACGAUCGAGAGUUGACGGACGUGUAUGAGAUACCUCUGAAUAAAAGUUUCUAUGAAGGUAUACUUAGACAAGCAAGUUCAUCAUACUUUUCUGUUCACCCUUCAUUACCUGCAUCUUAUAUGAGUAAAAAAGUAUAUGCACUUAUCCAGGACAUGUGCCAUACUCUAUUGAUAUUAGUCAUAGAAUAG